UGGUGAUAUGAUAAUGCAAUGGAGGACAAGAAAGCAUGGGCUUUCUAAACCUCUGAAUGCCCUCCAGAUCGUAUCCUGGAUAGUGUUUACCACAAAUCUACUGUAUUUUUCCCUCUUUAUUGCACCAAUGUUUGGAUUAAUAGUAGGAAUACUGGUGGAGCUUACUUAUGUUUCAACAGGAUGUGUUGUGAUAAGAUAUGCACUAGCUGCCAUGUUAUAAUAAACCCUAUUGAUGACAUAGUCAUAAAAGAACGAAAAGCAAGGGAAGAUAAUGUAUCAUUCUGAAAAUCAGACUAUGAGUUCUUCUGAUCUAUUUGCGACUGACAUGUAAGUGAUCAGGCUAAGCAUUGUGGAAAAUGCAAUAAGUGCAUAAGUGGAUUUGAUCAUCAUUGAUAUUGGCUUAAUAACUGCAUUGGAGACAAAUAAUUACAAGAGCUUUAUCAAGGUUCUUGUUUCCUUCUUGCUACAAGAAACUAUCUUUGUGCUUGCUAUUAUCAUUGGAUGAACUGUCGAUGAUCAAUGGAACACAAAAGUUGAAAAGAUUGUAGGAGUGGAAGAGAAGGUAGUAAUGAUAAUAACGCAUUCAAUCAUGGGAUUGAUCAAUUUAAUCUGAUUGCUUGGAGGCAUGAAAUUGAUGCUUUUCCACAUAUAUAUUAAGUUCAAAGGGAUAUCGACCUUUCAAUAUAUUAAAUCAAACAAAGACAAAAAUUACAAAUCAAGGUUUAAAAUACGAAGAGAUAGUAUAGAAAGGAACGCGGAAGGUCCUUCUGAAGUAGAAAAAUCAAACGGAUAACAAAUUUUCAGAUUUAGUUUCAGUUCUAAUU